GUGUAGCAGCAGCUGCUAGCUUGUUCAUUACUUUGUCUACAUUAAUUGCAUAGUAAGCAAUGUUGAAGUUUUUAAGGUUAUAUUUGAGUUAAUUAAUGAGUAUUCUACAUAGCAAGUUAAUUUUCGAAAACCUUAUUCUUUAGUUAUCUGUAUCAUUCAGUCAAACCAGAAUGGAAGUUGAUGAGUCAAGUUUAUUUGACCUGUUUAGUAAUAAUGAUUCUUCAGAUGAUUACAUUCCACCCACCUCCUCUGAAGAAGAUGAAGAACGUUUCAGCAUUUUUAAUUUCAAGAGGAAGAAGAGAACAGCUUGUAAUAGAGCACAGAAUAUAGUUGCACAUGAAAGUUUCCAUAUUCCUGAUCCUGAUGAUGACCCAGACGAUCCCAAACCACAAAGUCCUAAUGAAGUUGGAAUUAAUUUGGAAGAGAUUCUUGAAGAUCAGUCAGUCACUCAAAAUGACAAGGAACAAAAUGAUUUAUUAGAUGAGACCACAACCACUCCAAAAAAAUGUGAGAAAGAAAAUUCCGAACCCUUCUAA